UCACAGCAGGGCAGGACAUCUACAACUUGGUUACAGUAUAUGAAAUCAGAACAGACUGACAACAAAUGGCCAAUACGGUAAAAUUUAGGACGCUGGCGACCGAUGGUGCGGAGAUGAAUAUCUAUGCCAGUUUUGAUGAUAUAAACAGUCACAAUGUCUGUAUAACAACAGACGACUCGGACAACACGAGAAACCAAACAUCUCAACAUACAGGAAGUGAGAAUGUAAGAAUGAGAAGUUACAGAUCAGUUACAGUGUGUUUGGUGCUGCUGUGUGUUCUUCUACUGACUGCAGUCAUAGUGCUGUGUGUCCUCAUCAAUACAAACAAUCAACAGUGUCACAUCAAGAGCAAAAACUUCAUAAAAGAAAGAGACCAACUACUAACCGAAUAUACCAACAUCACAGAAGAGAGAGACCAGCUACUAACUAAAUACACCAACAUCACAGAAGAGAGAGACCAGCUACUAACCAAAUAUACCAACAUCACAGAAGAGAGAGACCAGCUACUAACUAAAUACACCAACAUCACAAAUGGGAGAGAGGAGAUUCUAUUAAGGUUAAAAAACUUGACAACAGAAAAUGAGAGAUUAUUAACUAACAAUAACAACCUUAAUAACCAAAGAGAUCAGUUAACUCAGCAGAAAAAUACAAUGAUGGGGAUUCUAAAAGCAGACGGAUGGAAAGAAUAUCAAUCCAGUUUGUACUUCAUUUCAUCUGAGAAGAAGAGCUGGACUGAGAGCAGAAGAUACUGUACACAGAAAGGAGCAGAUUUGAUCAUCAUUAACAACAAAGAGGAACAAGAUUUCAUUAGGACGAUUUCCAGUACAGAAUAUUUCUGGAUUGGUUUGUCUGACAUUGAUCAGGAGGGCAGAUGGAAAUGGGUUGAUGGCAGCGCGCUGAUCUCCGUGAUCUCUGGCUUCUGGGCCUAUAGGGAACCCAAUGGAUAUAGAAGAGAGAACUGUGUUUUGUCUUAUUCAUCAGGGUGGUAUGAUUUUUCAUGUAGUGCUGCUCAAAAAUGGAUUUGUGAGAAAAACAUUUUAAAAUGAGCUGCUAAUAAUGUGAAAAAAGUUCAUUUAGAGAAUUGUGAACACCCAAGACAUUUCAUGCAUGAACACCAGGAUCAUCAGAUCAUAUUAGACAGACUAUCGGAGUAAAGUAAUAGUUUUUUGUGUUUUUUACACAUCUAAUAUUUUUUAAGUCAAAUAACAUUUUUGUUUUUUGAUGUCUGAUAGCUGAUUUGUCUCAAUUGAAUCAUGUAAAAAUUAGUGGAGUCAGCAGUCUCAGACAACAUCCAACUUUUUUAAAGUUACAAUUUUAUAUAUUUCUGUGAUUUUAAGGGCCUUUAACACCAUAACACCUUUCAUCAAUCGGUUGUUGAGGUCCUGAUUGAUCCAUACAUUUACAAACAUGACAAUUGUUAUCAUUGUAAUCAUGUACAUGUGAUAUAAUUUGUUAUACACUAUUGUUUUAUUGCUAAUAAACUGAG